CAUUCAAGCCGAGAAACUCAACUUGAGAGAGAAAUUCUCAAAUUAAAAAAAGAAAAUGAGAAUCUAAGAGCACUUAAUAUAGCUCUGCAACAAGAAAUUCUUCCAAUGCUCAAGUGCAGCAUGAACCAGGACACUCGUCUUGUUGCUCAACAACCACAAGAUUCAAGUCAGAAGAAUCCCCCUGAAAAGACACAGGGGCUAGGAAUUAGUUCAGCUGUACUGACAAGUUGUGGACGGGGGGGCACAUCAUGUUCUGCCAUGGUGAAAGAUCUGGCAGUGGCAGUGUUUGGGAGAGAGACACUGGCCACACAUGGGCUGUCUGGAAGGGCUGGCAAUGCUAACACAGGCACUUUGGCAAAGCCAGCUCUUGACCAGGACAAAGUUGUAAUGAUCCUAGACACAGUACAAAAAAAGUUCCCAGAUGUUCCAAAAAAGUUCAUCAGGGCAGCACUAAGAGAAAAGUUAAAUGAUGAGCACAAGUUACGAGUAAGGAAAACAGUGUAGAGGCUUCAUUUGGCUGUGAAUUGGUCUCUGCUUCGCUCUGCUCUUACAGUUUCAAUAAAUACAAUAAAUAAUUUGUGAAAAUG